AUGGUUAAUGUUCCAAAAACAAGAAAAACCUAUUGCAGUAACAAAUGCAAAAAGCAUACCAUGCAUAAAGUCAGCCAAUAUAAAAAAGGAAAAGAAAGAUUGGCAUCUUUAGGAAGAAGAAGAUAUGAUAUGAAACAAAAAGGUUUUGGAGGUCAAACAAAACCAGUUUUUAAAAAAAAAGCUAAAACUACUAAAAAGAUUGUACUUAAAUUGGAAUGUACAAAAUGUAAAAAAAAGAGAUUUCAAACCUUGAAGAGAUGCAAAACAUUCGAAAUGGGUGCUGACAAAAAGAAGAAAGGAGCAGUUUACUAA